AUUGUACGAACCGAAGUUAAGAAUAAAAGUUCAAGCAAUGCAAAGGCGAGGCUGCAUUUUCUACAGCAAUUACCGAAAAUUAGAAGAUGAACAUUCAGUGAAGCAGUUGUAACGGAGCGACACUUGCGAGGGCAAUGGAAGACCGCGUAUGGACUUAGAAGUAAAUUUCGUCUAGGCACCAAGGUUCAUUGUACGUUCCAGCAGGCAGCCAGAAUGUUGCGUGGCUGUCUGUGGCUGACCGUCGUGCUGUUCCUGUCCGUUUCGAUCGUCACGUGCGCCGACUGCACCGAGCGCCACCACCAUCACCAGCAUCACCAGCCGCCUUGUCCCAACUGCGUACAGCCGGCGGAACAGAAGAGAGACGAGAUCCGCCUCGAGACCAUCAAGCGACAGAUCUUGUCCAAACUCGGCCUCAAGGAGAAGCCGAAUGUCACGUCUCCCGUGCCCCGCGAGGUGAUCCUGGAGACCCUGUACCGGGCGGAGGAGACCGGCGGCCACCAGGAUGGCAACAGAGGCGCAGGACUGGUCACCCAGCACGUCCUCUACGACGACGACAGCAGUCCGGCCCCGUCCAGCACGCGGCCCCCGGAGUCUGAACCCGACGACUUUUACGGCCGCACCUCGGAAAUAAUCGCAUUCGCCGAACCAGGCCACACUCUCAACGGACAACCCCUGCUGGAGUUCUCGCACGCGCAAGAGCUGGGCGGCGUUGCGGGAACUGAACUACGGGUAAAAGCGGCGACCCUGUGGGUCCUCGUCGACUUCCGGUCGCCCCUCCACCGCGCCUUCAGACACACCAAGAACCUGACGCUCUGGGUGUUCACUGUCAGCCAGCGACUGCACGCCAAUACCACACACUUAAGUGGUAAGGACUUCGACGAAUACACGGAGAUGGCAGCCUCUCUGCCCGUGUCUCUGGCCUCACUGGGCUGGCAGAAGUUCGACCUGACGACCACUGUCAAGACUUGGUACUCCUCUGGUUCGGCCGCCAAGGAGCGCCUGAGACUGUUGGUGGACUGCUCGGGGUGUGGCGACCUCGUAGAAGCCGUUCUCUUCCGGUCGACGGAGAACAAGGACCCGCAGCGGCCAUUCCUCGUGGUGCACACGGACCCGACGGCUACCCGGCGGGUCAGACGCCGGGCGCUGGACUGUUCUGGGGCGCUGCGAGGUCAGUGUUGCAAGCAGCGAUUCUUCGUGAACUUCAAGCAGCUGGGCUGGGAAGACUGGAUCAUCGCACCUAGUGGCUACUACGCCAACUAUUGCCAAGGAAACUGCGGGGGGGUGCAUCGAACCCCGGACACGUUUCUCAACUACUACACUCACGUGAUUGAGGAAUACCGCAAGAUGGACCGCCUAAGCGGUAUGCAGCCCUGCUGUGCGCCAGUCAAGUUCUCGUCCAUGUCUCUUAUAUACUUCGGGCCUGAUAGUAAUAUUAUUAAAAGAGACCUGCCAAAGAUGGUUGUCGACGAGUGCGGGUGUCCUUAGAACCUUGCAAACACGUUUAAAGGCGAGCAAUGGAAACACGGUUGUACCAAUCACUUGCAAAAGCCAGUCCUGACUGUUCGCUUUCGGUGCGGUCUCAGCACUUAGGCCCCCCGCCUUCAAUUUCGUUCUGCUCACAGGGAAGCAAAUUAGCCUGAGGUCUGUGCUCGAGAUGUCGCCGUCGUCAUCAUCAUCAUCUUGCUGUUGUUUUAAAAUCUAUAUGUUGCUCAAUUUUUUCUAUACUGAUAUGCUAAAAAACCUUUCUUCUUCGUGCUCAAAGAAUCUUUUAUUUUGUUUUGUUUCAGCUGUCUAAAUGGAAACAAACGAACAAACGAAGUAUUGCUUUGGUAUCUGCAACAUUAACAGUGAUCUAUAAUUUCGGAUGCUGCUUGUUCCUAGUCAAAUUCUGUCGUGCGUUUACGAGCGUUUGUUUUUUGUUUUUUUGUUUUUUGUGUGCCCGGAGUCUGAGCACGCGUUCGGUGGGCGCUACUUACUGCUUAGUACUUCCUGCUAUGUUCAGCCUUGUUGAAUAAGCGGCAGAAAUUACGUAUUUCAUUUACUCCCACUCCACAGCACGAAGCUCGCUGUCAAAUUCCUGUUUGGAUGUUUCAGGUAGGGAAGAACUCAAGUGCCAGAGAUUACCGCACACGAAGAUGGUCUGCGGUAAUGUCGAAACGUAAUCGGAAUGCGAGUGUCUGUCUGUGUGGACUGUGAUCUGUCGUUUAUUGAUAAGAAAAGAAUGUGAUUUGUCUGUCACUGCCUCCGAACAAAUUUGAUUGUUUGUGUGAAAGCACGGCAUUAAAAUUAAACGUCCCAUAGAAAUAAUUAAUAAGAGAUGAGAAAAAGAGGCUGAAAACGUUAUUUACCAGUAGAUUAAAACACUGUGAAGUAUUCCCGAAAUUUAAACAAUAAAAAUUGUGAUGAAUUCUUUAAAAAGUUUGUUUGCAACAACAAAUGGCAAAUUUAUGUAUGUUAUUUAUAUAUUGUUUUGAGUAAAGUUUAAAAAGGCUGGCUAAGGUGGUUUCUACUUGAAAUAAUUUUCUCCACUGUAGUUUAAUAUUUAUUCAGAGAAAUAGAUGCAGUUGAAACUAAUUAUCGCAAUAUUACUGACAGUUCAGUGACCGAGUAGGAAGUGAAAAGUGCCGACGUGAAGUUCUGGUGAUAUUUAGUAUUUAAGUUUACGAAAACAAGACGGGAUCAUUCCAUGACUUGGGAGUGUCCUCAUCAAGACAAACUUGACAAUAACAUUUCAUUUUCCAUUGAUGAAGACAUAAUUAUCAUAAUAAUAAUAAUAUUAUUAUAGUUUUUGUUUGAUAUACAUCCACUGUGCUUCAUGUCUGUUUGAAACACAAAUACCACAGCAGAGUUGUCGAGUCGCUGUGCAGGCCAGAGCAAUUAUCCAGUUGUGGAGGCUGCCGAUAAGAGAACAUUUGAAAAUUCACUGCGCUGAAGGUAAAGCGGUCUGUGUGUUGGAUCAGGGCUUCUUCAUGUAGUUAGAGUAGGCAGCGUGAAUUGUCAGUCAAGAAACUUGCCCACUUUCAUGUAACAUUUAUUAAUUUAAAUGUGGAAUCUAAUUUUUGUUCUGCAGUAAUGGAAAACCGUGGACACAAAACUUUAUUGAGCGUAAUGAAUUCUUCUCGGGCUACGAGCCCAAGAAGAAUUCUCCUUCCAUUUCACAGUUCUUAGGAGGUUAACUGUUCAUUUGAGUACGUAUUUAAAUUCUCGCUUCUUUUGUCGGGUUUCUCGGGCGUCUUGUCCGAUGAACCACCUGUUCAUCACUCGACUCUCUUGCAUUAACCAGCCUCAAUUCUUCUUCUGUACUCAUUACUUGUUCUCAAUUUUAUCAGAUUCACAUCCUAACAUAAGUAUAAAUGGCUUCCUGUUCGUGCUGUGUAUGCAGACUUCUAAUUAUUUGUUGUGACUGCAGAUAUUACUAAUACUCAUGAGCCGCCCACAUCUUAUGCCUAGUGCCUGUUACAGUCUCCUCAUUUGUCGGCUAACAGAGAAUUCAGGUUGACGUUCUAGGUUCCUUUAGUGUGGAAUUUGGUGAAUUCUA